UGUUGUGGAGGCCAAAAUGGCGGCUCAAGCGGCGGCGGCGGCCCAGGCGGCGGCGGCCCAGGCAGCGCAGGCGGAGGCGGCCGAGUCGUGGUACCUGGCGCUUCUGGGCUUCGCCGAGCACUUCCGAACUUCCAGUCCUCCCAAGAUCCGCUUGUGUGUGCACUGCCUGCAGGCCGUGUUCCCCUUCAAGCCCCCGCAGCGCAUCGAGGCCCGCACGCACUUGCAGCUCGGUUCCGUGCUCUACCACCACACCAAGAACAGCGAGCAGGCGCGCAGCCACCUGGAGAAGGCGUGGUUGAUAUCACAGCAAAUCCAACAGUUUGAAGAUGUUAAAUUUGAAGCAGCAAGUCUCUUGUCUGAGUUAUACUGUCAAGAGAAUUCUGUAGACGCAGCAAAGCCACUGCUGCGGAAAGCGAUCCAGAUCUCACAGCAGACUCCAUACUGGCACUGCCGCCUGCUCUUCCAGCUCGCUCAACUGCACACACUUGAGAAGGACCUGGUGUCAGCCUGCGACCUCCUGGGCGUGGGGGCUGAGUACGCUCGGGUGGUGGGAUCCGAGUACACACGGGCUCUAUUCCUGCUCAGCAAAGGAAUGCUGCUGCUGAUGGAGCGCAAGUUACAGGAAGUGCACCCGCUGCUGACCCUCUGUGGACAGAUAGUUGAGAACUGGCAAGGGAACCCCAUCCAGAAGGAGUCUCUGCGUGUCUUCUUCCUGGUCCUCCAGGUGACCCACUACUUGGAUGCCGGGCAGGUGAAGAGUGUGAAGCCAUGCUUGAAGCAGCUGCAGCAGUGCAUCCAGACCAUCUCCACACUGCACGAUGAUGAAAUCCUGCCCAGCAACCCCGCUGACCUCUUCCACUGGCUGCCCAAGGAGCACAUGUGUGUGCUCGUCUACCUGGUGACCGUGAUGCACUCCAUGCAGGCUGGCUACCUGGAGAAAGCACAGAAGUACACAGACAAAGCGCUCAUGCAGCUGGAGAAGCUCAAGAUGCUUGACUGCAGCCCCAUCCUGUCCUCCUUCCAAGUCAUCCUGCUCGAGCACAUCAUCAUGUGCAGGCUUGUCACGGGACAUAAGGCCACCGCGCUGCAGGAGAUCUCCCAGGUCUGCCAGCUGUGCCAGCAGUCCCCCCGGCUCUUCUCCAACCACGCGGCACAGCUGCACACACUGCUGGGCCUGUACUGCGUCUCCGUCAACUGCAUGGACAAUGCAGAAGCCCAGUUUACCACAGCCCUGCGGCUCACCAACCACCAGGAGCUAUGGGCCUUCAUCGUGACCAAUCUGGCGAGUGUGUAUAUACGGGAAGGAAAUAGACACCAAGAGGUACUGUACAGUUUGUUGGAAAGGAUCAAUCCGGACCAUAGCUUCCCUGUCAGCUCACACUGCCUGCGAGCAGCAGCUUUCUACGUGCGCGGACUCUUCUCCUUCUUCCAGGGACGAUACAAUGAGGCCAAGCGAUUUCUUCGAGAAACUCUGAAGAUGUCCAAUGCAGAGGACCUGAACCGGCUCACAGCCUGCUCCCUUGUGCUCCUGGGCCACAUCUUCUAUGUGCUGGGGAACCACAGAGAGAGUAACAACAUGGUGGUGCCUGCCAUGCAACUGGCCAGCAAGAUCCCAGACAUGUCCGUGCAGCUGUGGUCCUCAGCCCUGCUGAGAGACCUGAACAAGGCCUGUGGGAAUGCCAUGGACGCCCAUGAAGCCGCCCAGAUGCACCAGAACUUCUCCCAGCAACUGCUCCAGGACCACAUUGAAGCCUGCAGUCUCCCUGAACACAACCUCAUCACGUGGACGGACGGCCCACCCCCCGUGCAGUUCCAAGCUCAGAAUGGACCCAAUACGAGCCUGGCCAGCCUCCUGUGAGGCUCCUGAAGGGAGCUGCCCAGCUUCUCAGGGCCUCUGUGGGGCCCGGUGUAUCCCCUACUUCCAUCCAGACGGCUCUUGAGCUUUCCUUGGAGGUGUGCUGGAGUGGGUGUCCCCAGGCCUCUUUUCUGACUGUCUUCAGAGCUUCCAGGUCCCCAGGCAGUGUGCCGGGCUGAUUCCGCCCUCCCAGGAAGGGCUGGCCAGCCACUCCCACCAUGUAACAAGACCCCAGUGCUGAGGCUUGCAGGUGGGAUGUUGGAGCCAACUUUCCAGAGCCAUCCUUUAAAGUGGACUUGAAUUGCCAGUUCUGCUUCCACGUCUGAGUCACGCCUUCAAGGGAGCGUGUCUGGGCGGGGAGUGGGGUGCCAGUUGCCAGGGUGGGUGGUACCGCUGGUGCAUUGCCACGUGACUUCCGUCGCCUGGGCCCCUGUGCCUGGCUGGAGUGUUUCCUCUGUUCACAGCAGCUUCCAGAGCCCAGAGGCAAAACGCCAGUUUCUGCCCCAGAAUGGGAGGGAAGAAGUGAUGGCGCAUGUCAGGGACAAAAAUGCACAUCCUACCAUAACACUUUCCCAGCUUGCCUUUCUGCCCAGUGUCCCCCCAUCUGACAGCCAGGGCCUCUGGUUCGAAAUCCUGGAGAAUCCAGGAACUCGGCUUCCAAAACAUCUGCACCUUGACUGGAGUCCGUAUCCAGCCAUGGAGGUGCACGUUCUUGUAGACACGGGUGUGCACAUGUGUGCGUGUGUGUGUAGUGAUUCAUGGAGCUGGGGCGGGGGACUGAGACUCCUGUUGGCGCCAGCCUCCUUCCCCCAUCAGCAUCCAUACUGCUGGGCAGGAAGCAGAGGAAAAGGGAGGGGACCCUCCUCAGCCCAACUCAGGGUGCCUGAACGAAGAAGGGGCUUGCUUCCUGGCAGCUCUGUGGCCUCCUCAGCAGAGGACAUUCGCAGAGCCUGGUCCCUCAUGCUGCUCUCAGGAGGAAGGAUGAGGAGACCUACCCACCUUGGGUCUUGGGACAGCAUUGAAAGCUCUCCCUGAGCUGGACCCCAGGAGGCUCUACCAGGCCCAGACAACCAUGCUUGGUUCUUUGUGCUCCUCUUGGAUAACUGAGGGAGUGCCCCCGUGGUGAUGGGGGCAUUGGGGGCAGUGGAGGUUACCACCUCCUCCAGCUUCCAGUGCCUGGGAGCAUCCCCCCACAGAGGAGUGGUGAGUGGUCUUGCUAGUCAGGUGGCUUGUUAGUUUGCAUCUUGUUAUCCUUACACUGUGAGGGCUGCUUUUCAAAGCCUCAGUGUCUGACAGAAGGAACACUGGGAUCACUCAGGUCAGCUGCUCAGGCCCUGAGGCCUGAGUGUGCCUUAGCCACAAGCAGGGCUGUCAGCAGACCUCCCUGCGUAGGGCCAGUGCCCUUCCCAGGCCAGCAUCCGGCCACUGGGGGCCAGCGACAGGCAUGCAAAGUGAGCUGCUGAUUGGAGGCAUGGGCUGGCCAGGGCUUGUCAGAAGAGGACCCACCAUCUGUGUGGCAUCCUGGGUCACCCAGGAGAGCCUAGCACUGUCCUGUGCUGCUCAGGGCCACCUUCUUGGCUGACCCCGCCCUCCCCGGGCCUGUGAGGCCUACAGAGGAGGGUGUGACAUGUGGCCUGUCUUCCUCCCCCGCUCAAGGGUAUCCCCUAGGCCCUCCCUUCCAUCCACGGGACAGAGCCCCCCUCCCCUUGCCACAAGCUGCCCCUACUGGCCUAGACCCCGCACCGCCUGACCUCUCCAGACCCUCAUUACUUCGAUCACGCUGUGCAUCAUGUUUGUCUCUGCAUAUUUAUUUAAGCCUUUCUUUGCUUCUAGGGCAUUUUUUAUGUAGAGCAGUUGAAAUAAGAACCUCAAAACUUAACAUCUGUCCUGAUGUUAAAGUGCUUUUAGUGACCACUCUGUUAUCUAUGUUCAUGUAAAGUUAAGGAUAAGUUUUUAUGUUUACAGCUAAAAAUUCAGUACUCGAUAUUUAAUAUUCACUCUAGCUUUAUGGAAGCCAAACCGGGUGUACAUGCAUUUCUGCAUGUGCAAGCUUUGAACCUCCCCUUCCCCGUAGCAUCUUCUGGUUACAUAAAGCUGUCAUAAGUACCUUCCUGCAAGUCCAAAUUGAGUGCCUCACAGUUUCUCACUCAGUCAUCAGAAUUUAAGACAGGCAGCAAGUGAGCCCCCAGGGAGACCUUACAUAGUGUCAUAACUAAGUGUUUAGGAAGACCAGAUUAAAAACUCCAAGCCUUUCAGUGUACAGCAAUGCAAGGGAGCAGCAGAAAGAUCCCUGUUGGCAGGUAAAUUACUGAAAGCUAUUCUGACUCUCGUAUGUUCCUCCCACCUCCUCCUGGGGUCCUCAGGGCCUGUAGGUUUGGGGGACUGGGCUGGGAGAGCCCAGGUUCGCUGGCACGCAUGCGCACACCACUGCCUCCCCCGUGCUGGGUGUUUGCAGUCAUCCAUGGGUGAAGCGAGGGUCCUCUCCCUGGGGUAAGCACUCCACACCCCAUUGUUGGGAACACUGGCAAGGAAAUCAGAAAAGGGCUGCCUGGUGCAGUGGGUAAAUUUGUUGAUUGCAUUGUCUCUGUUUUGUUAAGGGUUUUUAAUAAGUAUGUUUGGCAUAAUGUCUUUUAAUGGGUUUGUAAUAUCUAUGGUUUUAGCAGCCUGUAACUUCAGCUGGUGCUUUUAAUCAGGAAAAAAAAUUUUGUAAAUACAAAACAUUGUUUAAAAGACAUAACCAUAGAACAUAGAUUCCCGUUUGUGGAUUUCUUUUCCUAUAUAUUCAAAGUAAAAUAAUUUGCAGGAGCCAUCA